AUGGCGGAUGAUUCACCAACAGGAGGUCUACCAUCCACGGAUGUCGGAUCGGCUGCAAGUCAGACAUCAAAAUUAAAGAGGAGCCGUCUGGGGCGUUCAAGUGCUGCAGCUGAUGCUACUGCAUGUACCGAGAUUGCAGGGGCCAGUAAUAAUACGAGAAGGUCGAUAGCUUGGGAUCACUUCAAAAUUACUGUGGUCGAAGGUGUUACCAGGGCUGAAUGCAAACAUUGCCAGAAAACAUAUAAGUGUGAUACUCGAAGGAAUGUUUGCGAAGAGCAUGGAGAAAAGAACGGUUCGGAGAUAUUCAAGAGUGUGAAGGGGAGUGUUCACGAGUUGUUUGAAGCUUAUAAGUUGAUUUAUCAACCUCAUUGUGCCACGUCCACACAAUCGACAAAUCGAGUUUCAAGUUUAAAUGAAUCCUCUCAUCCCGAUCUUUCAAAGAAUAAAUCUAGAUAUCACUUGGGGGAUAAGUUCAAAAGGCACAAGAUAGAGAGUGGAGAAGUAGAAAGCAAGUGUGACUUGGAUGUUUACUUGAAAGAGAGUACUCUUGUUUUCGAGAAAGAUGAUUUUGACAUUUUGAGGUGGUGGAAACUAAACCAAAGUACAUUUCCCAUCCUCUCUUGUUUUGCACGGGAUGUGUUGGCGAUUCCCAUCUCUACCGUGGCCUCGGAGUCCGCUUUUAGCACCGGCGGUCGUGUUCUUAAAGAUUAUAGGAGUUCUUUCACUCCUAAAAUUGUGGAGGCUCUUAUAUGUGCUCAAGAUUGGUUGAAAAAAAAGAAAUCCAAGUGGACCAAGCCCCUUGAAGAAAUCCUAGAAGACAUUGCAAAAAUAGAAGAAGCUUUGCAAGCUGUUGGGAUUAGCGAUGUCAAUGACAAUGAGAACACAAUAGACUUGAAGGAAAAGGAAUGCAAGGGGCCGUUCUGCUGUUUGAGUGCUGCUGCAGUUUCAGUUUGA